UUGAACGACUGCAUUCAAGUAACUUACUGAAUACGUUUCUAGCAGAUUUAAUUAGGUUUAAAUAAAUUUUUAGUAAUACGUAUUUAUUAGAAUGCGUACUAGCAUUGCAAUUUUAUUGCUUGCUAUCGUUGCGGUAGUAUCGGCAGGAACCUUGGGUAAUGGUUGCUGUGGCGGCGGCGGUGGCGGUGGAUAUGGUGGCGGCGGCGGUGGUGGAGGAGGCAAGGGUCCUUGGCAAAGCAGUGGUGGUGGUGGUGGAUUCGGUAGCAGUGGCGGUGGAGGUGGACUAGGUGGUUAUGGAGGCGGAGGCAAUGGCGGUGGUAAAAAUGGCAAAUUUAGUAAUGGAGGUGGUGGUGGUGGUUAUGGCAAUGGUGGACGUGGAGGAGGCGGUGGCGGAUGGCAACCAAGUGGAGGCGGUGGUGGUGGUGGCGGUUAUGGAGGUGGAAAAGGAGGCGGCGGCGGCAGAAACGGAGGUUUUGGCGGCGGUGGCAAAGGCGGCGGUGGUGGUCAUGGAGGUGGUGGUGGUCAUGGAGGCGGUGGUGGUGGAUAUGGUGGUGGAUUAGGCGGUGGAUUCGGUGGAGGUGGAGGUGGCAGAGGAAAAGGUGGCGGUGGCGGUCGCGGCGGUGGUGGCUAUGGCGGUGGUGGUCAUGGCGGUGGUGGUAAUGGUGGUAAAGGAAAAGGCGGCGGUGGUUAUUGGUGAAUCAAUAACGUCUAAAAAGCCAUACAAACGAUACAUUUGCAAUAAUAAAGUGCCAAUUCACUGCGUUAAGCUAACAACUCAAAUUAAGUUUAGAUUUUUUGUGUUCAUUUGCAUCUUUUAAUAAAGUCCAGAAUUACAUAAAAACCUACA